CGUUAUAAACCUAAUGUAUAAGAUUGAAAAAAGAUUGCAUUUUAUAUUAAAAGUGUAUCCUUCUGUAUCCUUCUCUUAUUUAAAUGUAUUAAAUAAUAUAAUUGUGUUACUUUUAUUGUGAAACAAAAUGGAGUUUGAGCAAAGCAAGCGAAGCAGCUAUUCGCCAUCGUUGAUGGGCGCUCAACGACAGUUCGGAGCUGGGUGCAUCACAUAUCUUGUGACAAACGUGGAUUUUUGUGCUUAAUACGAACAAAAAGUACAUCGAAGUGAAACUAAAGCAGUGUGCAAAACGUUUGAAGAUUUCCAAAAAUGUCAUCUGCACAAGUUGAUCGGACUACUAAAGUAAGUCAAAUUACUAAAAAGGAAAAUGAUAAAUCAAGAAAAACAUUUAACUCUUCUCAUAAAAAGCAUAAACAUGAGGAUAGUCGUCAUUUUAAAUUUGGUAGAAAACGUCUACAAAGUUUCACUAGCAAUGGUAAAUUUUUUCCACCAUACAAACGUAGAAAGAAGGAAGGUGCAAUUAUUCCACCCACAAAAUUUCUGCUUGGUGGUAACAUAUGUGAUCCUUUAAAUUUAAAUAGCAUGCAAGAUGAGGAAAUAAAUAGAGCUAUGAAUGCUGUCACACCUAAGUCUAGCCCAUUACCAACACCUAAGCAUAAAAAAGAAGUUAUUGAAGUCAUAAUUCCACCAAAUAUCUGUGAUCCUUUGAACUUAAGCAAUUGCAAUGACAAUGACGAAUAUGAGAAACAACUUAUAUCACCGACAAAAAAGGGCUCUAAACGACGAAAUAGAAAGAAAAAACGAGCAUCUUCUGGUUCUGGAAAUGAUGCAAGCGAUUCUAUUGAAACUAAAAUUAAAGACUGUGAUGGUAUUGAUGUUGUAGAACCUAUGGAACAUAGUGUUUCAGAAAAUGUUGAAACAGAACAGCAACAACCACCAUUGAAUUCACCACCAAUCAAUACAUCCAGUCAAGUUAAAGAGUCAAAACCAGAAAGUCCACAAAAAGACAAGAAUAAAUUACGUUUAAAAGGUUUAGAGGAACCUAAAGAUAAAAGAUUAAGAAAAUUGGAUGUCAAAGAUAAAAUUGUCAGUCCUGUAAUUCCUCAACCUGGAGCAUGGAAACCUAGACCACAACAUAGACCGAGUCAAGACAAGAAAAAGAAACAAACAAUGCCCAAAUUCAGGGAGAAAGAUGCACGUUAUCAAUAUGGAAAUUAUAAUAGGUAUUAUGGAUAUCGCAAUUCUCAUAACGAAAUGGACACAAGACUGACAGUAUUUGCACAGCGAAAACAUUUAUUUGUUGGGAAAGAUGUAUUAGACAUUGGUUGCAAUAUUGGCCACAUUACCCUUUCUGUUGCAAGAGAUUUCUCUGCUCGCAGUGUAACUGGUAUUGACAUUGAUAGAACACUUAUCAAUAUAGCUCGAAAAAAUAUCAAACAUUAUGUCAAUUGUGUACAGUCUCCUGCUGGUAAUGAAGACAGUGAUCAUCAGGAUGUAAACUUCUUCCCAAUAUCUAUGCCAAUCAAUUAUGGCCCAGUAGAUAUUCCAGGUUUCACAAAAGAUAAAAGUCAUAAAGGUUUCCCUUACAAUGUUAAUUUUGUACAGGGUAAUUACGUGCUCGAGGAUGAUUCUUUGUUAUGUACAGAACAACCACAAUUUGAUGCGAUUCUUUGUUUAUCGAUAACUAAAUGGAUACACUUGAAUUUCGGAGAUGCAGGUUUAAAACAAGCUUUCAAACGUAUGUAUGCACAAUUACGCCCGAGUGGAGUAUUAAUAUUAGAACCUCAAGGUUGGAGCAGUUAUACUAAGAAAAAGAAUCUCACAGAACGGAUAUACAAGAAUUAUCAAAGCAUUGAGUUUCGACCACAUAAUUUCACGCAGUAUCUACUAUCUUCUGAAGUGGGUUUUUCUAAAUGCGAGGUAUUAUCGAUUCCUCCCCAUCCGGCAAAAGGAUUCCAACGGCCGAUCCAUUUGUUCACCAAAGCAGAUUUAUCGCAAGAUGAUUUGAGGAAAAACAUGUUGAAUAGACAAGAACGAAGGGAUGAAGAGAGAAGGAAAUUGAAGGAAUAUGAAAGAAAAUUGUUCAAAAAGGAAGACGCUAAAGAGGGAAAUAUGUCAGAGAUCAGUCAACAAAGCAACGAAUCCAUGAGCCAAUAUGAUCAAUUAGAGAAUGUUUAUGCCCCUAGUGCAACUCCGUGCUACGAUACACUUGGUCACAAUAAUGAUAAUCAACCACCAGACGCUUCGAAAAUGUGUUACGUGGAUGUAAAUAUAGAAAACGAUAAGAUAGAAACGGAAAGUCAAAUCGAGUCGAAUGUAACGAGCACAUCCGAGAACGUACAACUGAAUAAUAAAUCGACGAUUGAAAAUCAAAGAAAGCGAAAUAUAGAAACGCUAGAAGAUGUUAAUAAUACACCUACGGAUACAAAGAAAUCGAAAAAUGUUGAUGGAACGAUCAGAUCUGUCACGAGCGAAAUUGAUAGGAUAACAGAGGUUAAGGAAGAAGACACGUCGAAAGCGUCAAUUUCCAUAAGCAGCAGCAGAUCGGGGAAGGAGCAAAGAAGGAAUGAAUCAAAUAUCGAAUCGACGACGACCGAAAAGCAUCAUUCGAGCAUCAGUCGUCUGAAUGAAAGAAGCAACGAGGAAGAGAGUAGAAAGGAUUCGAAGAUCAAGGAAUGGAAAGAAUUGGGAAAUGGAUUGAGGAGUCCUUGCUCAAAGAAGCAAACGGAAAGGCAACAUUGUGAAUUGAUCUCGGAUAACACGUAAAUAGAUAUUUUUACCCUCUACGUAAAAAAAAAAAAAAACAAAACGGUGCUACCAUACAGACUUAGGCUGUUCGACCUUACCUAUUUUCGUUCUUCUUUCCAUCCAUUUUUUUUUUUUUUUUUUUCCCCUCUCAUAAACAUCCUACUAAACAGGCACUAAGUAUUGUGUUGGUUUCAGCGGUAUUAUUUAUACAUUGUAGCGUUGAAAUAUGAGUAAUCGAAUAAUAUCAUUUGCAAUACGGAAUAUCCUAUUUCCAGAUUUCAUAGGCAAUCUCGACGAAAACACGGCAACGAUAAACGAAUAAUAAAAAAAGGGAUAAGUAAUUAUUAUUUAUUGGACAAAUAAGAUUGAUAUUGAUAUAAUGAUUUUCCAUAAUGACCAUCACAUUAGCAUGUAGGUCCAUCGAUCUACAUCAUUUCCCUCCCCUUCUUUUUUUUUUUCUUUUUUUUUCCAAUCCGUUCCAUAUUUCUUCUCCCCCUCCCCUCCUUUUUUUUUCUCUUUAUAAAGAUUUUUAAUUAUUCACCGAGUUAAUUAAUACACCGAGUAUAAAUAGAUAGUUAUCUUUUUAGGAUACCUGGUGAGAGUUUCAGUGUAAUGUAAUUUGUAUUAGCGCGUCUGAAAUUAAUCUUGAAUAUAAGAGACUAUUGCUAUUACCAGGUGUUAUAUGUGACACAACGUGUGAUGCUCCAUUAGAGAAUGAGACUCGAGAAGGAAUAAUAAUAAUAAUAAUAAUAAUAAUAAUAAUAAUAAUAGUAAUAAUAAUAAUAGUAAUAAUAAUAGUAAUAAUGAUGAUAAUAAUGAUAAUAAAUAAUAAUAAUAAUAAUAAUAAUAAUAAUAAUAAUAAUAAUAAUGAUGAUGAUAAUAACAAAAAAGAAAGCAGAAAAGAAUAAAGAUCUAAAAGUAAGCACUGUACAUGAUAGAAAUUGUAUCGCUUAACACAUACGUACGAAUGUGAUAGCGAAAUAAGAAUGCGUCUAUAUCUGGCUGUGCCUGAGAAACAGUAGUGUAUUAAACGAAAUACCGUGGCAAAUUUGAGAAUGAUGGAUAGGCGAAACAAAUUCUAAGUACGUGCCUAAACGAAAACAAGCAUUUUGCAUUUCGCUACUACUAUCUGAGCACGUUUCCCGAAUAUUAUUAUAUAACGGGGUUAGUCGACCGAAGACUGACUUUUUUUUGGCUUUACCGUGUCUUUCGAUGAAAGAGGAAAUGAAAAAAAAAAAAAAAAAAAAAGAAACGAAGAGAGAAGAGGAGAAAGAAGAAAGGAUGCGUGAUAAACGAUAUAAUAAAAGGAAAUAGAUACUCAGGUUGUGCUUCGGAAAACUGCGAAACUGCUCCGUGCUUGCGAUCGUGUCAUUGCCAUAUUCGUUUUUCCUAUGUACAAAAAAGAAAAGAAUCGAAAAGAGAAAAGUAGAAAAAAAAGAAAAAAAAUUAAAGAAGCAAAGCACUGACAGUCA